AUCCCACCUCACUCCUGCCCCUGCGCCCCGCACACGUGCGCGGAUGCACACGCGCAACACACACAUGGCGUCUUCACCCUUGGGCCUCCAGCCGGCGCCUCCUAUGCCUCUGUCUCCAAGCCCGCUCAGGGAAGCGACUAAUUAACGGGUCACACUGAGGUGUGAGUGUAUGAGAAGUUACACUUCUACCUGUGCCAGAAAUAAUUGCUUUUGAAGAACUUUCAACCACCUUGAGUGAAAGGAAACCGUCGUGGCGUGAGAUCAGGCAAGGACCACAUCUUGUCGUUUUGUUUGCUGGCUUUACCCUGGGCCCGAGACUAAAGUAACCGUCUAGAAUCUCACCAGGUAAAGAAUCUGAGGCUCAGAGGAGUUUUCCACACCCUUCCUAGCGGCACAACCAGGAUCAGGUUGCCUAGAAAAAUAAUGAAUUUUCCAUCCUCAAGAAGUCUCUACCAUAUGGCAUAAAGCGUGUUUUCACUGUGAAGUUUGCAAGAUGAUGCUAUCGGUUAAUAACUUUGUGAGUCACCAGAAAAAGCCGUACUGUCACGCCCAUAACCCCAAGAACAACACUUUCACAAGUGUCUAUCAUACUCCAUUAAAUCUAAAUAUGAGGAAGACUCCAGAAGCCAUCCAUGGGGUGGACGACCAGGAUGAUAGCGAACGGUUUAAAUCGGUUUUUCACUGGGACAUGAAAUCCAGGGAUGGGGCAGAUGCAGCUAACAGGCAACCCCUGGUGAACGAGGUGAGAGAAGAGAGAGGCUACUGGACCGGAUAUGGGGAAGGGAGUGGUUGGUGCCCAGGAGCUCUUCCAGAUCCUGAAAUCGUAAGGAUGGUUGAGGCCCGAAAGUCUCUUGGUGAGCAGGAAUAUACAGAAGACUAUGAGCAACAGAGGGGCAAGGGGAGUUUCCCAGCCAUGAUCACGCCUGCCUAUCAAAGAGCCAAGAAAGCCAACCAGCUGGCCAGCCAAGUGGAAUACAAGAGAGGGCAUGAUGAACGUAUCUCCACAUUCUCCACGGUGGCGGAUACCCCUGAGUUGCUACGGGCCAAGGCAGGGGGACAGCUUCAAAGCAAUGUGAGAUACACAGAAGACUAUGAACAGCAGAGAGGGAAAGGCAGUUUUCCUGCCAUGAUCACCCCUGCUUAUCAGAUAGCCAAGAGAGCCAAUGAGCUGGCGAGUGAUGUGAGGUACCAUCAACAAUAUCAAAGAGAAAUGAAGGGGGUGGCUAGUCCAGCUGCUGGAGCUGUAGGUGCAUCGUCAAGGGAAUGUAUGGACCAGUAUGGCCAGCAGGGUUACUUGGAGGAAUAUGAGGAGCACAGAGGAAAAGGCAGCUUCCCCGCCAUGAUCACCCCAGCUUAUCAGAACGCCAAGAAAGCCAACGAACUCGCCAGUGAUAUAAAAUACAGGCAGGACUUCAACAAGAUGAAAGGGCCUGCACAUUAUCACUCCCUCCCAGCUCAAGACAACUUGGUUCUCAAGCGGGCACAGAGCGUGAACAAGCUUGUGAGCGAGAAUAAAUAUAAAGAAAACUACCAGAACCACAUGAGGGGCCACUAUGAAGGAGUUGGUAUGGACAGACGGACUCUCCAUGCUAUGAAGGUUGGAAGCCUGGCAAGCAAUGUUGCCUACAAGGCUGAUUAUAAACACGACGUUGUGGACUACAACUACCCAGCCACGCUUACUCCUUCCUAUCAAACCACAGUGAGACUGGUUCCCUUGAAAGAUGUCAACUAUAGGCAAAGCAUCGACAAAUUGAAAUACAGCUCUGUGACCAACACCCCUCAAAUUGUCCAAGCCAAAAUCAAUGCCCAGCAACUGAGUCAUGUGAAUUACCGCGCUGACUAUGAGAAAAACAAGUUGAAUUACACACUGCCACAGGACAUACCUCAGCUGGUGAAGGCCAGAACCAAUGCUGAACUAUUCAGUGAGGUUAAGUACAGAGAAGGCUGGGACAAGGCCAAGGGGAAAGGAUUUGAGCUGAAACUGGAUGCUAUGUCUCUGCUGGCCGCCAAAGCCUCCGGAGAGCUUGCGAGCAAUAUUAAAUAUAAGGAAGAGUACGAAAAAUCAAAAGGCAAAGUCAUGGGCACUACGGACUCCAGGCUUCUGCACUCUCUGCAGGUUGCCAAGAUGAGCAGUGAGGUCGAAUACAAGAAAGGCUUUGAAGAGAGUAAGACCCGCUUCCACCUACCCAUGGACAUGGUACACAUCAAGCAUGCUAAGAAGGCCCAAGCUCUGGCCAGUGACCUGGACUACAGGAAAAAACUGCAUGAAUACACUGUGCUGCCUGAGGACAUGAAGACUCAGUGGGCCAAGAAAGCCUACGGGCUCCAGAGCGAGCUGCAGUACAAGGCCGACCUGGCGUGGAUGAAAGGAGUCGGGUGGCUGACAGAGGGGAGCCUCAAUUUGGAGCAGGCCAAGAAAGCGGGACAGCUGAUCAGCGAGAAAAACUACAGGCAGAGGGCGGACGAGCUCAAGUUCACCAGUGUGACCGACAGCUCCCAGAUGGCACACGCCAGGAAGAGCCAGGAGCUGCAGAGCGGAGUGGCCUACAAGGCAGGAAACGAGCAGUCCGUCCAUCAGUACAGCAUCAGCAAAGAUGAGCCUCUCUUCUUACAGGCCCGAGCCAACGCUGCCAAUCUCAGUGAGAAACUGUAUAAGAGCAGCUGGGAAAACCAGAAGGCGAAAGGGUUUGAGCUACGUCUUGACUCCUUGGCCUUCCUGGCAGCCAAAGCCAACAGGGACCUGGCCAGCGAGGUGAAGUACAAGGAAGAUUAUGAGAGGUCCAGAGGGAAGCUGAUCGGGGCGAAGGAUGCCCAGGGGGAUUCACAAAUGAGUCACUCGCUGCAAAUGUCCAAGCUGCAGAGCGACCUGGAGUACAAGAAGGGGUUCGAGGACACCAGGUCCCAGUGCCACGUCUCCCUGGACAUGGUCCACCUCGUGCACGCCCGCAAGGCUCAGCAUCUAGCCACAGACAUAGGCUACAAGACAGCAUCUCAUCACUUUACCGCUUUGCCCACAGACAUGAGGGUGGAAUGGGCCAAGAAGGCGUACGGGUUACAGAGCGACAACCAAUACAGGGCAGAUGUGAAGUGGAUGAAAGGCACGGGCUGGGUCGCCACCGGGUCAUUAAAUGUGGAGCAGGCGAAGAAGGCAGGAGAACUCAUUAGCGAGAAGAAGUACCGUCAGCCUCCAGAUGCUUUGAAGUUUACCAGUAUUAAAGACACUCCGGAGAUGGUCCAGGCCAGAAUUAGUUAUACCCAAGCCGUGGAUAGGUUAUAUAAGGAACAAGGAGAAAACAUAAAGCACCAUUACACUCAGACAGCCGACCUCCCUGAAGUCCUCCUGGCCAAGCUGAAUGCCAUGAAUAUCAGUGAGACACGUUACAAGGAAUCCUGGAGCAAACUUCGAGACGGCGGAUAUAAAUUGAGACUGGAUGCCAUUCCAUUUCAGGCAGCAAAGGCUUCCGGCGAAAUCAUAAGUGACUACAAAUACAAAGAGGCAUUUGAGAAAAUGAAAGGGCAGAUGCUUGGCUCCCGGAGCUUGGAAGACGAUAUCAGCCUUGCACAUUCAGUGUAUGCGAACUCGCUGCAGAGCGAAGUGAAUUACAAGAAAGGCUUUGAACUCUCCAAGGCACACUUCCAUCUGCCAUUGGACAUGGUGACCCUGGUGCAUGCCAGGAAGGCUCAGAGCCUGGCCAGCGACCAGGACUACAGACACCCGCUCCCCCAGUACACUUCCUUGGCCGAAGACCUGAGGCUCAGCUGUGCCAAGAGAGCUCACAAGUUGCAGAGCGAGAAUUUGUACCGGUCAGACCUGAACUUCAUGCGAGGCGUUCCCUGUGUCAUUCCAGGCACGUUAGAGAUCGAAGGGAGAAAGAAGGCAUCUGAACUCAUCAGUGAGAGUAAAUACCGUCAGCAUCCCCAGUCAUUCAAGUACACAGCUGUGACAGACACCCCCAGCCUCCUUCAUGCAAAACUCAGCAACCAGAUUACCAAUGAGCGCCUCUAUAAAGCAGCCGGGGACGAGGAGAGGCACCGGUACACAAUGACCCUGGGUCUGCCUGAGUUCGCCCGAGCCAAAGCAAACGCGGCCAAUCUGAGUGACGCCAAAUACAAGGAGUCUUGGCGUAAUCUCCGUGCUCAAGGCUACAAGCUGACGAUAGACGCUCUUCCCUUCCAGGCUGCUCGCGUCUCUGGAGAUAUAGCCAGUGAUUUUCUCUACCGACAUGACUUUGUGAAGGAGCGAGGUAGGCUGAUCGGGACCCGGAGCGUGAGCGAGGACCCCCGGCUCCGGCACUGCUGGCGGGUGGGCCAGCUGCAGAGCGAGCUUCAGUACAGGCGGGGGGCGGCAGGCAGCCGAGCCCAGUGUCACCUGCCCAUGGACAUGGUGCACCUGGUCCACGCCAGGAAGGCCCAGGCCCUAGCCAGCGAUCACGACUACAGGACAUGGUGCCACGAGUUCACGGCGCUGCCUGAGGACCUGAAGAUGUCCUGGGCCAAGAGAGCUCACGCCCUGCAGAGUGAGUUUCGCUACAAGUCAGACCUGAUGGGCAUGAAGGGGACGGGAUGGUUGACGCUGAGUUCCCCACAGCUAGAGUGUGCAAAGAAGGCUGGAGAACUCAUCAGCGAGACUAAAUACCGUAAGAAACCAGACAGUAUCAAGUUCACCACGGUGGUUGACUCCCCAGACCUGGUUCACGCCAAGAACAGCUACCUGCAUUGCAACGAGCGCCUGUACAGGGCGGGCGACGCAGAGUCCCUGCACAGAUACACCCCGAUCCCCGACCACCCCGAUUUCACCAGAGCCCGCCUCAACGCACAGUGCCUGAGUGACAAAGCCUACAGAAACUCUUGGGAACAGACGCGGGCUGUCGGCUAUGACUUCAGGCUGGACGCCAUUCCAUUCCAGACUGCCCGCGCGUCCAGAGAGAUCGCCAGUGACUUCCGGUAUAAAGAGGCCUUCCUGAGAGACCGGGGCCAGCAGAUUGGGUACCGCAGCGUCCAGGACGACCCGAGGAUGAGGCAUUUCCUCAACGUCGGCAAACUCCAGAGUGACAACGAGUACAAGAAGGACUUCGCCAAGCGUCGGUCUCAGUUCCACAGCCGCCCAGACCAGCCCGGCCUCCUCCAGGCCAGGAGGAGCCAGCAGCUGGCCAGCGACGUGUGCUACAGGCAGCCCCUGCCCCAGCCCACCUGCGACCCCGAGCAGCUGGGCCUGAAGCACGCGCAGAAGGCCCACCAGCUGCAAAGCGAUGUCAAGUACAAAUCAGACUUGAACCUGACCAGAGGUAUCGGCUGGACCCCUCCCGGCUCCUACAAAGUGGAGAUGGCCCGGCGCGCGGCAGAACUGGCCAAGGCGAGGGGCCUGGGUCUCCGGGGGGCUGACGGGGGACCAGAGGCUGCGGAGCCCGCGGAUAAUCAGAGGGGGGACGUGAACCCAGACGCCAUGGAGAUUCUGCACGUCAAAAGGAGGAGGGGUCUGCCCUUGUGAGCACGCGGCAUCCACCCAGGAUUCUUGGGAGAGCGGCUGGGGAGGAAUUGUGCCCACCAGAGACAUGCUUCUGUUCCAGCAAGCCAAAAAAAAAAACCAAAAAACAAAAAAACAUGACACACCAGCCCAUUCCCUGAGCCGCUUUACUUAACGACUCUUAGAAAGCUACGGAGAAUGUCGUAUUUUCGGUCCUCCGGGUCAUCCUGGAAGGGGGUGACCCGUUCUGCUGUGUACUUUGGGUGUCUGACAUGAGGAAUAAAGACG